GAGCUCUGUGAAAGGGCGGGAAAGGCGGUUGGCGAGGGAGGGGCGAGCGGUUACUCACUCCAUGGCUGCGGGAAGGAGAGGAGGCGGCGGCGGCCUCAGCUGAACAGACGGUGGGAGCGGAGAGUGCAGGCGCGAAACCUCCCCAAGGUUGCAGACGCUGACGGAUUUGUCCCAGAGUCGGAGCAGCUGCCACCUGGAGAUUCCACAGCCAUGAGUGGGUUUAACUUUGGAGGCACCGGGGCCCCUACUGGCGGCUUUACGUUUGGCACUGCGAAGACUGCAACCACUACACCCGCCACUGGCUUUUCCUUCUCUUCUUCCGGCACUGGAGGGUUUAAUUUUGGGGCUCCCUCCCAGACAACUGCAGCCACCCCUUCCACUGGCCUCUUCUCACUCACCACACAGACCCCAACCACACAGACACCAGGAUUCAACUUCGGGACAACACCUGCUUCUGGAGGAACUGGCUUCUCCCUGGGGAUCAAUACCCCAAAGCUCAACCUGAGUAACACAGCUGCCACAUCAGCCACAGCCAACACUGGCAGCUUUGGACUUGGUAGUAGCACCCUUACCAAUGCCAUCUCAAGUGCUGGCACCUCCAGCCAGGGGACAGCCCCCACCGGCUUUGUGUUUGGGUCCUCUAACACUUCUGCUCCAUCUCCUGGCUCCACGGGGUUCUCAUUCACCAGCGGCAGUGCGUCCCAGCCUGGAGCCUCUGGCUUUGGCCUUGGCUCUGUGGGCAGCUCAACCCAGCCCACAGCACUGUCUGGCUCUCCCUUCACUCCAGCCACGCUGGUGACGACUACAGCAGGAACAGCACAGCCAGCUGCUGCUGCACCUACUGCUGCCACCACCAGUGCAGGGUCCACACUCUUUGCUUCCAUAGCGCCUGCUCCUGCCUCAUCCAGUGCUACAGGGCUCUCGCUCUCAGCUCCAGUGACAACUUCAGCCACUCCUAGUGCUGGGACUCUGGGCUUCAGCCUCAAGGCCCCUGGGGCAGCUCCUGGCCCCUCCACCACCAUCUCCAGCACCACCACCUCUGCCACGACCACCUCCACCACAACCUCUGGCUUUGCCCUGAGCCUGAAACCCCUAGUGUCAGCUGGUCCCAGCAGUGUGGCCACUACUGGGACUGCUCUGCCUGGCUCCAGCAGUGCAGCAGGGACUGCCACCGGCCCCGCGAUGACCUAUGCGCAGCUGGAAAGCCUGAUCAACAAGUGGAGCCUGGAGCUGGAGGAUCAGGAGCGGCACUUCCUGCAGCAGGCCACACAGGUCAAUGCCUGGGACCGCACACUGAUUGAGAACGGGGAGAAGAUCACCACGCUACAUCGGGAAGUGGAAAAGGUGAAGCUGGAUCAGAAGCGGCUGGAUCAGGAGCUAGACUUCAUCCUGUCACAGCAGAAGGAACUGGAGGACCUGCUGAGCCCAUUGGAGGAGUCAGUGAAGGAGCAGAGUGGCACCAUCUACCUUCAGCAUGCCGACGAGGAGCGUGAGAAGACCUUCAAGCUGGCUGAGAACAUUGAUGCGCAGCUCAAGCGCAUGGCACAGGACCUCAAGGAUAUCAUCGAGCACCUGAACAUGGCUGGUGGUCCUGCAGACACCAGCGACCCACUGCAGCAGAUUUGCAAGAUCCUCAAUGCACACAUGGACUCCCUACAGUGGGUGGACCAAAGCUCUGCCCUGCUGCAGAGGAGAGUGGAAGAGGCCAGCCGCGUGUGUGAGGGCCGCCGCAAGGAGCAGGAGCGCAGUCUGCGCAUUGCCUUCGACUAGCCCUGCAUGAAUGGGGGGGGCUUCUUGGGUGGUUGUGCUGUUGAGAGGAAGGUUCUUUGGCUUGACUUGCACUCAGCAGAAGUUGUACAGGGCAUGGCACUCGAUGUAACCUGUGUGCUCUGGGGCCCAGCAUGAAUAUCACUGAGCUCUAGGCCAGCAUUUAAAGAACAAAGACAAGGGUUCCAUUCAGUUCUAAUCCAUCCAAUUUGGCCUUCAGUCACUCCAGUAUGGCUGUGACUGUGGGACAGAGCGCUCGCUCUGAAGGAGAUGCUGGACAAGAAACUUACCUUGGAUGGAGACAUGGUGGGUUUGAAAGCCCAAGGUUUCUGCUCCUCUCCAGCUCCCAUCUAGCUCAUGUCCUCCAGAGCAUCUGCCACACAAAGCAGUCACCGAGGCACAGUGAGCUAACAACUGCUUUGACCUGACUACCUCCUUCACUCCUAGAUGGUGAGCUCCUGUGGCAGGAACCGAUUACCCUUGAGGCUAGAGUGACAGCAAAUUUGCUUCUGGAUAUCCCAGUGUCAAAACUAUCUUAGUCACAGUCAGAUGCACAGUGUUGAAGGCUAGCAGUCAUGUCCUGGUCUGUUUUAUUUCCUUGUACCUUGCUGUAGCCUCUGUGAUCCCUGAUCAAAUGUUGCUUUUCUAAAUAAAGAAAAAUUUGUGAAAUCAGACCUGCUGUGGACGUAAGUGGUGAAGAAAGGUCCCAAGACUCGGCAGGGCAGUGCUGGUGGGAUGUCGAGUUGUGGGCCAUUGGGUUGGAGCCACUGAUUGAGCCACAUGGGCCCAGUCUUUACCUUCCUUGGGGUAGGUGGGGUGUAGGUGCACAUGGGUGGACAAUCAUCCACUGCGUGCAGGUGUCAUUGUGAUGUCAUCAGUAGCGGAGAUCAGGGUACACUGGGAGGUGAUAUCCAGAUGCUGGGUUCAUGCUGUGCAUUUGACAAAUGCUCUUACAGUCUGAAGAUUCCAGCAUGGAGCCACAAGUUAUUUCCUUUGUUUAUGUUGGGCUUCAAAGUA